CACAGCGCGAUGGCGGCGGCUCCUUCAGGCCGCUGAGGGGGAAUUUAGGCCCGGAAGAUCCGAGUCCAUCCGCGGCGGGGAGAGGGCGAGCGGGGCCGGCGGGGGCCGGAGCAGGGGCGGCGGCGCUCGGACUGUCCCAUCCGCCCCGUAUUGAGGCGCUGGGAGCGGCGGGGCGGCCGGAAAGCGAUGGUGAAAGCGGGGCCGUGAGGGGGGCGGAGCCGGCAGCCGGACCCGCAGUAGCGGCCGCCGCGGCGCCGCCUCCCCGAGCGCAGACCCAGGAAGCGGCCGGGCGGGCAGGAGCGAGCCGGGCCGCGCCGCCGCCGCCAUGGAGCUCAGAGUCGGGAACAGGUACCGGCUGGGCCGGAAGAUCGGCAGCGGCUCCUUCGGAGACAUCUACCUCGGUACGGACAUCGCUGCCGGAGAAGAAGUCGCCAUCAAGCUGGAGUGUGUCAAGACCAAACACCCCCAGCUCCACAUCGAGAGCAAGAUCUACAAGAUGAUGCAGGGAGGAGUGGGCAUCCCCACCAUCCGGUGGUGCGGGGCGGAGGGCGACUACAACGUCAUGGUGAUGGAGCUGCUGGGCCCCAGCCUGGAGGACCUCUUCAACUUCUGCUCCCGCAAGUUCAGCCUCAAGACCGUCCUGCUGCUGGCCGACCAGAUGAUCAGCCGCAUCGAGUACAUCCACUCGAAGAACUUCAUCCACCGGGACGUGAAGCCCGACAACUUCCUCAUGGGGCUGGGCAAGAAGGGCAACCUGGUGUACAUCAUCGACUUCGGGCUGGCCAAGAAGUACCGGGACGCCCGCACCCACCAGCACAUCCCCUACCGGGAGAACAAGAACCUCACGGGCACGGCGCGGUACGCCUCCAUCAACACGCACCUCGGCAUCGAGCAGUCCCGCAGGGACGACCUGGAGUCGCUGGGCUACGUGCUCAUGUACUUCAACCUGGGCUCCCUGCCGUGGCAGGGCCUCAAGGCCGCCACCAAGCGCCAGAAGUACGAGCGCAUCAGCGAGAAGAAGAUGUCGACGCCCAUCGAGGUCCUCUGCAAAGGCUACCCCUCCGAGUUCGCCACGUACCUCAAUUUCUGCCGGUCCCUGCGCUUCGACGACAAGCCGGACUACUCGUACCUGCGGCAGCUGUUUAGGAACCUCUUCCACCGCCAGGGCUUCUCCUACGACUACGUGUUCGACUGGAACAUGCUCAAGUUUGGAGCCAGCCGGGCAGCCGACGAUGCUGAGCGGGAGCGCCGGGACCGGGAGGAGCGGCUGAGACACUCCCGCAACCCCGCCCCCCGCGGGCUGCCUUCCACGGCCUCGGGCCGGCUGAGGGGCACACAGGACGCGGCUCCGCCCACUCCCCUCACCCCUACCUCACACACAGCCAACACCUCCCCGCGGCCCGUGUCCGGCGUGGAGCGCGAGCGGAAGGUGAGCAUGCGGCUGCACCGCGGCGCCCCCGUCAACGUGUCCUCGUCUGACCUCACAGGCCGGCAGGACGCCUCCCGCAUGUCCACCUCGCAGAUUCCCGGUCGGGCGGCGUCCAGCGGUCUCCAGCCCGUGGUGCACCGGUGAGACGCUCGUGUGCUGAAGGGCAGACAUGCAUGGCUGACUCCUCUGUUACAAUGGCUUUGCUAGUGGCUCGCCCCGUAGCGCUCCAGGCACACCCAGCGACGCCCGCGGGCCACACACAAACUAGACGCCAGACUCCGCGCCCGCCCUGGGCUGGAAGAGCCGGGGGCGCGAGACACAGAGCCCGAGGCCAGCCACGCCUCUCGCCCCGGGUUGGCCGCCGCCCGCGAGGCCCCGCGACCACCGCCUUCGACUCGUUAAGACAGUUUUGUAUCAUUUUGCUAAAAAUUACUGGCUUAAAUCUGUGUAAAGAAAUCUUUUUAUUGUUUCUCUCUCGUCUGUCACGGUCUGAGAAGAGGCGUUGACCCGAGCGGCCAGGCCGGGCCUGCGCGGUGGCCGAGGCUCUGCUGGGCCCCUCCGUCCCCGGCCGGCUGGGCAGCGAGUGGCCGCAGCGGUGCUUCAGGAGCUGCUGUGUCGGGGCGGAGGCCCCGGGCACGUGAGGUGCUGGUCUUGCGUCGCCCUGAUGCCUUUGAGCCGGGAGAGUUGUGGACAGGCUGAGUCUCCUCACCCGCGCACGUCAGCUCUUCGUCUGCGUCGAAACCCGGGACGCGCCUCGCUCGGCACCGGCGGCCUGGGAGCCUCUGGAGUGGCCCGGGCACCUGUGGCCCCACGGAGGCCGAGAAGUGGGGCGGGGCCCAGCAUGGCCAGAAAGACCCUCUGGGGCCGUGUGCCGGGAGCCCCCUGCGGCCUGGCCUGGGGCCGGCGCCCCCGCCACCCUGCUUGCGGACGCAGUCCUGGGGUGUCCUGCCUGGCCACCAAGCUGGCCGUGAGCCCGGUGGGGGCCCGGCCCACGGUGGCUCCAGGCCCCUCUGCCUCGGGCCCGGGGACGGCGUGGCCCCAUCACACUGCAGGUCGCGUAGCUAGAGUGUCUGUGUCAGCCGUGUCGGCGUGUCGGCACGCGUGUAACCACUGUGUCUGUGUACUUGACGGCGUGUAAAUAAUAAACUCCCAAGGACUCCGCCCUGCCCGCCUCCGGUCUUCAUUUU